CUGCCUACUCACCUCAUUGUUAAUAAUUUAGCCCCUCGACUUCAUUCCGGAGGGUAAGAGGGGGUGCGGUCUCCCCCAAGGCGGUGCGCUGGAAGGACAGAUUCCCCUUGCCGACCCACAUACAACAUGAAGAGGUGCAAAUCGGACGAGCUGCAGCAACAGCCAGGCGAGGAGGAUGGAGCUGGUCUGGAAGAUGCCGUUUGCCACCUGCCGGGUGCGGACCUCCGCCCUGGGGAAGGCGCCGGCGCUAACUCUGCAGGCGGGCUAACUUCAGAUGCAGGUGCGGCCGCGGCGCCCAACCCAGGACCCCGGAGCAAGCCUCCUGAUUUAAAGAAAAUCCAGCAGCUCUCAGAAGGCUCCAUGUUUGGCCACGGCCUGAAGCACCUAUUCCACAGCCGCCGCCGGUCGCGGGAGAGGGAGCACCAGGCAUCUCAGGAGAGCCAGCAGCUGCAGCAUCACCUGGGCAUGUCCGACCAUGACUCCCCUGAUGAGAAGGAACGUUCCCCAGAGAUGCACCGCGUCUCUUACGCCAUGUCCCUGCACGACCUGCCCGCCCGGCCCACCGCCUUCAACCGUGUGCUCCAGCAGAUCCGCUCCCGGCCCUCCAUCAAGCGGGGCGCCAGCCUGCACAGCAGCAGUGGGGGCGGCAGCAGUGGGGGCAGCAGCCGGCGCACCAAGAGCAGCUCCCUGGAGCCCCAGCGUGGCAGUCCCCACCUGCUGCGUAAGGCCCCCCAGGACAGCAGCCUGGCCGCCAUUCUACAUCAGCACCAGGGCCGCCCUCGCUCCUCUUCCACCACGGACACAGCCCUGCUGCUGGCUGACAGUGGCAAUGUGUACCUCUUGGCUGAGGAGGCUGAGGGCAUUGCGGACAAGGUUGACAAGGGGGACCUGGUGGCACUGAGCCUCUCAGGUGGUCCCAGCCAUGGUGACACUGAUGGCCCCAUCAGCCUGGAAGUGCCUGAGGGGGCCCCAGACCCCCAGCGGACCAAGGCUGCCAUUGAACACCUGCACCAGAAGAUCCUGAAGAUCACCGAGCAGAUCAAGAUCGAGCAGGAGGCCCGGGACGACAACGUGGCGGAGUACCUGAAACUGGCCAACAAUGCGGACAAGCAGCAGGUGUCCCGCAUCAAGCAAGUGUUUGAGAAGAAGAACCAGAAGUCAGCCCAGACCAUCGCCCAGCUGCACAAGAAGCUGGAGCAAUACCGCCGGCGCCUGAAGGAGAUCGAGCAGAAUGGGCCCUCGCGACAGCCCAAGGAUGUUCUGCGGGACAUGCAGCAGGGCCUCAAGGACGUGGGCGCCAACAUGCGCGCUGGCAUCAGCGGCUUCGGGGGCGGCGUGGUAGAGGGUGUCAAAGGCAGUCUCUCUGGCCUCUCACAGGCCACCCAUUCUGCAGUGGUAUCCAAGCCUCGGGAGUUCGCUAGCCUCAUCCGUAACAAGUUUGGUAGCGCUGACAACAUCGCCCACCUGAAGGACCCUCUGGACGAUGGACCCGCGGAGGAGGCGGCUCGGGCGCUGAGCGGCAGCGCCACACUGGUGUCCAGCCCCAAGUACGGCAGCGAUGAUGAAUGUUCCAGCGCCAGCGCUAGCUCGGCCGGAGCAGGCAGCAACUCUGGGGCGGGGCCCGCUGGCGUGCUAGGCAGUCCCAAGUCCAACAUGCUGUACGGCGCCCCGAGCAACCUGGACACUCUGCUGGAGGAACUGCGGGAGAUCAAGGAGGGGCAGUCACACCUAGAGGAUUCCAUGGAGGACCUGAAGGCUCAGCUGCAGAGGGACUACACCUACAUGACCCAGUGCCUGCAGGAGGAACGCUAUAGGUACGAGCGGCUGGAGGAGCAGCUCAAUGACCUCACUGAACUGCACCAGAAUGAGAUGACCAACCUGAAGCAGGAGCUGGCCAGCAUGGAGGAGAAGGUGGCCUACCAGUCCUAUGAGAGGGCUCGGGACAUCCAGGAAGCCGUGGAGUCCUGCCUGACCCGGGUCACCAAGCUGGAGCUACAGCAACAACAGCAGCAGGUGGUGCAGCUGGAGGGCGUGGAGAACGCCAAUGCGCGGGCACUGCUGGGCAAGUUCAUCAACGUGAUCCUGGCUCUCAUGGCUGUGCUACUGGUCUUUGUGUCCACCAUUGCCAACUUCAUCACACCUCUCAUGAAGACACGUCUGCGCAUCACCAGCACCGCCCUCCUGGUCCUGUUCCUCUUCCUCCUCUGGAAGCACUGGGACUCCGUCAGCUACCUCCUGGAGCAUGUGUUGCUGCCCAGCUGAGUGGCCAACCUGCCCUCGCCCCGUGUUCUCCAGGCCCUGCUGGCCAUGCUUCUCUAAGAGGGACCUGGGACCGCCAAGUCCCUUGGACUUCUUUGUGUGUCUAGUUGGGCCUUCUGCCCAAACUGUCCAUUCCAGCAGUUCCUGCUCCUUCUCUGACCCUGCUUCUGUCUGACACCUUCUCCCUGUUGGCCUGAAGGGGGCCUAGAGUGCAGCCCUGGUGGAGAUGGAGGUGACACAUGUGCCAGUGGAGUGGAGGAGGAGGACCUGGGGGUUGGCUUGUGUGGAUUAUUUACAAUCACACCAGGACUUCUCUCAGCUGGCCUUGGGAUGGCCCGGGUCAGAAAGGCCAGAGAGAAGAGCAGAAGAGGGCUAUGUUGGGGAAGGAGUCUACCUUGGAGGCAGCUACUAUUCCCUCCAAUGGAGAUGAUCUGGAUGAAGGCCAGAGAGUGAGGAAGAAGGCUUCAUUGGCCCAGAGAAAGCAGGGA